AUGUGGAAAAUUUCAAUUUUUCUAUUCCUCUUCCACGUGGCAAACGGAACAAUUUGUAGAGAUGGCUUCACAGCAAUCAAUAACAAAUGUAUAGUGGUGAGAUCUAGAAAAAAUGUGUCAAAAAUGCGUCAGCAAAUCUAGAAGCUACUGAAUGAGCGUCAGCAAAUCUAAAAGCUAUUAAAAUGCGUCAGCAAAAUUAAGAAAAUCGAUAUGAUUACAGUUGCUAGCUGAAAACUAUCAGAGUUCGGUUUAUACAAGAGAUUACUUUCAAAAGCAGUGUAAUCGACUCGGCGGAAAUCUUGUGUCAAUUCAUAACGCAAUCGAUAAUACAGCGAUUGCAAAAUUUGCCAAGGAUCAAGGAAACCUAUGGAUUGGUCUAACAUGUUCGGAAGCCAAUUGUUUUUGGGAUGAUCAAAUAAAAUCUUCGAAUUACCAGAAUUUUCAAGCAGGAAAGGAACACCCAAAUGGGAACUGUGUUACAAUGAUGCCAUCCACAGGAAAAUGGGUGAGUACAGAUUGUUCCACUUCAAAUCUAGCAGCGGUUUGUGAGGCCGACACCUGUUCUCAUAAAUUUGAAGAUCAUUGCUAUUAUCCAAUCGCAGGUGAUUUAUAUCAUGAUGAAGCGUUGAAUAUUUGUGAGCAAAUAUCUUCUGGAAGUGGAAGUCUUGUCUCGAUUCACACAUCUGCUGAAAACACAUUCAUCUCAAAAUUAUUUCUUGAUCCAACAACCACUUCAAUUCAUAUUGGUGCGAUGAUAUCCACAGAUUCUGAAAGCUAUUGGAGUGAUAAUUCAAAAUGGGAUUUCAAGAAUAUUAAUUUCACUAGCAUGAGCAAUGGAAGAUGUUAUAGUAUGUCAUUGAAAGAUGGAAAUUGGAACAGUAUGGGAUGUGAAACACAGUUGCCAGCUAUUUGUAAAUGGAAGUUUGUGAAUUCCACGUGUCAAACAACAUCUGUGUACAGAGAAGAAACAGGCACUGUAAGUUUGAAUUUCAAAAAAAAAUGAGUGUCGUAGUCAUCCUUAGCUAUUUCUGAACUUAACAAUUUUGCUCCAAAAAAGGGGAUGUCAUUGCGGAGUGUCGUAUUUGUUCUCAACAAUUUUUGAAUUUUAAACUUUUACGUCAAAAGUUUGCUCAAGUUCCGAAGGUGUAACUGCGGAGUGUCGUAUUAUUUUUUCAGAUAUACUCACCGAGCUAUCCCAUGUCUUACAAUAAAUAUCGCGGAAUUCCACCCAGUUAUUAUGAUCUACAUGUCACAAAUGGUACAGCUGUCAUAUGGUUCGAUAAUAUUUAUUUGGAUUCGGUGAGUGUACCCAAGAUCAAAAAUAUAUGUCAGGAAAAUUUCAGAAAUCAUCAAUCGAGUUAUAUUCUGGUUCAAAUUCAUCUCCUCUAGCUGUUAUUGUUCAACAAAAUCAAGAAGAAUAUAAAAUGAUGCCUUUAACAUCUCCAAAUGAAAAAAUAAAACUCAUUUUCAAUCAAUGUGAAAGCAAUUGUGAUUUAUCUGAACAAUAUAGUUGGUCCGCAAAAUUUGGGAAAAACUGCGCAUCGGAAUGCGGAAUAUCGUUGUACACAGAUGGUCUUAUAACAUCGCUAAAUUAUCCAAAUAAUUAUCCAAAUAAAUUUAAUUGCACCUAUUAUCUUCGAAAUCCCGGGGGAACGUGAGUUACUUGAACUUAUGUUUUUAUUUAUACAACGUUGACCUGAUUCAGAGUGGCAAUGUACUUUAACAAAUUCGAAACCGAACAAUACCAUGAUUUUGUGAAGAUCUACGACGAGGAAUCGGGAGAAGAAUUAGGAUCUCUUUCUGGAACUGUACCAUCCUAUGACUCUUAUUUCUUCUCAACUGGUGAAACUUUGAGAAUUGAGUUUACCACUGAUGGAAAUAAUACGUUCUCCGGUUGGAGUGCCGUGUUUUGGUCUAUGGAAUAUUGA